AUGGGCUGACUCAAUCUUCUCACGAAGUGUUUAAUUAUGUAGCUGUGACGAAAUCAUAUUAAAGAUGGCUUCCACGUGGCUGCAUUUUCGUUGCAGAAUUCCUGAAGUUUAGGUAAGCCUAUGGAAUUUACAAUCUAACUUUUUCCUUUGAAUUCACAAGGCCUCUCUGAAGUUUUUAUGUUUGACAAGAAAAAAAGCGCCCCAUUAGUUUCUAAUAGCCUUUAGGCAUCUGCAAACAAUGAUCUUUCUGCAGUCGAGUACACGCAGACAGAUCGCGUGACUCUAAAGAAUUGGGAUGCGUUUUGUGAAUUUCAGCAGAAGAAGCCAGACGUUAUACGGCUUCUACAGAUGUAAGUUUUGCGGGCACCUAAUUUAUAACGGUCAUUUUCAUUAGGCCUUUCGCAAUGGCCAGACAUUUAGAUGAGAUUUACAAUCAAGUUUACGGCAGAUGACAGACGUGAGACUCAGGUUGUGAGUUUCUCAUAUGAGGAAACUUAACCCAUUCGCUCCUGGAGAUUUUGCCGAAAAACGCGUUUUGAAGCUAGUCGAGUGGUUUUCUGGUCACUGUUGUGCUAUAAAGAGCUAAAACUUACCACAAACCGGUUUACAGGUGGUACACUUCGCGGCCUUGUGAUCCAGGUGCAGAAUAUCAGCUUGCGAAGUUCGGGCAUGCACAGUAAGGAAAAUUUCGAGAUAGUUUUGGGAUUUAAAAGUGACACAGCAGUCUUGACUUUUACUUUUCGCUUUCUCUCCUCCCUUCUCUUUUCGCUUUUCUUGCCUCAUACUUAUUUUCUCUUGCUGGGCAUUUAGAACGCUUCAUUUUGGUGGGAAGAGUUUUUAGGAAAGCUUUUAGGAUCUUAGGAUUAGGUGAAAGCAAAGGUAGGUCAGCAAUGGAACAAGAUUUUCAUGGAGAGUUUCAGGUCAAUGUCACGUGGUUUUUUGCUUCUUUCUCCGGUGUCCUUGACUGAAUUGUGCUCAUUCUGGUAUGGUUUGAAAGAUCUCUUCACUCUGAACAAGUAAGCCAAGAAAGUUGCCCUUGACCGUUAAAACUGAUGACGUCACAAAGAGUAGAAGGACCUGGAUCCGCAUGGGCGGAAAUGGGCGGUUCAGGGGCGAAUGGAUUAAUCAAAAAACCUAAAAAUGGCCUUUUAACAAUUUUUUCACCUGAUUUUAUAUGACAUAGACAGAUUUGGUAGUUUUAUGCUGAAGAGUGGAUUUUUUUCAAAAAGCUUGGUACUUUGCUUAACCCAUUCGCUCCUGGAGAUUUUGCCGAAAAACACGUUUUGAAGCUAGUCGAGUGGUUUUCUGGUCACUGUCGUGCUAUUACGAGCUAAACCUUACCACAAACCGGUUUACAGGUGGUACACUUCGCGGCCUUGUGAUCCAGGUGCAAAAUAUCAGCUUGCGAAGUUCGGGUAUGCACAGUAAGGAAAAUUUCGAGAUAGUUUUGGGGUUUAAAAGUGACACAGCAGUCUUGACUUUUACUUUUUGCUUUCUCUCCUCCCUUCUUUUUUCGCUUUUCUUGCCUCAUUUUUUUUUCUCUUGCUUGGCAUUUAGUAGGCUUCAUUUUGGUGGGAAGAGUUUUUAGGAAAGCUUUUAGGAUCUUAGGAUUAGGUGAAAGCAAAGGUAGGUGAGCAAUGGAACAAGAUUUUCAUGGAGAUUUUCAGGUCAAUGUCACGUGGUUUUUUGCUUCUUUCUCCGGUGUCCUUGACUGGAUCCGCACGGGCGGUUACGGGCGGUUCAGGGGCGAAUGGGUUAAUGAGCAGAUAAAAAAUUUGUAAAAUUAUUGUUUACAUAACAUUGCAGUCAAUUCUCUUGUAACUUACACCUGGAUAACGGACACCUAGCGUUGGUCUCUGCCUUUCUUUUUUCCUUUUUGUUGACUCUAAUAAGACGAGCACCUCUCUAACACGGACAUAAUUAUUGCUGGUUUGCAAGUGAUGUUACGGCGGCGAUGUUGAUCAUUGGUGUGUUUGGUGGUCAAGGACAAAAGCAUGUCUCUCCUCUGGGAACUUAACGCUAAUUUCAUGUAAAUUCUUUGAGAAAAAAAUCUAUUGUUUUGGCCACCAACACACCACCAACGUGGCAGCCUUGUCAUGUGGUUGCAAGCCAAGAAUAGCGCUGGUCCCAAAGUGGUCUGUUUUAGUGAGAGUAGAAAGAAAAAUUAAAUAAAUAGCAUAUUUCGUUUUAGUAAAAUCCAACUAGUGGUCUAUUAUCAAUGUUGCAUUCUCAUUGGUUGAGCCACUACUAGGCUAUAAUUAUGUUAUAGCCCAUUAGUAGCUAAAGUUGUUUUGUCUUGGUAUUUUUGACCAGCUAGUUGGAUUUUACUAAAACAAUAAUAUUCCUCUCGCCCUCCUGGCCUCUGAGUCAAUAUCCCAUUCAGCCUUCGGGCUCAUGGACUAUUGACUCGGAGCCCAAUUGUUAAAUAUAGCAAGCCGAAAUUUUUUGCCAUCCAGUCAUGCUUGCAUUGUUUUCAAUACCAAUCCUUGUAAAUAUUUUGAAAUUUUCAAAACUGUCAUGAAAUAUUUGUGCAUUGCAGGUCUCAAAUCUCCUUUUAAUUCAUAAAGGUAAUUUGAGCCCUUAAAUGGUGAGGCAAAGAUUUAACAACAGUUUAAUAAUUUUAGAAUUUACAAGGAUUUGUUUGGAAAACAAUGCAAGCAUGACUGGGUGGCAAAAGUUGUUUUUCUCAUACAAAUGCUUUUAACUUUUGGUGGCUGUUGCAAUAGCUACUUUUGAGAUAUAUGGCUAAAAAAUUCUCAGGUUACCUAAUUUCAAUAUGCUCUUUCAGCUUGUGCUAACAAAAUUUUUCAAAAGUGAACUGUUUUCGUGUUUACUGAAAGUUGAUCACGUGAUCACAGUCAUGCAAAGAGCCUAUAGCACUUCCACUGUAAUAACCAGAUUAAAUAUGAGACACUCUCUGGUGCAGCCACCUCAUAAAGUGGCCAAUCACUCCUAGAAAUGGUACUGAAAAAUGCUGUGUGUGGUCAUGUACAUUUUACUUGACUCUGGAGUUGGUGUGAAGUAAAGAAUAUGAUAUUCAUCACGGACACAUUCGUUCAGUGAGCCCAUUCACCUGGAAAUCUUGAAGGAAUGUGGAUCUGUAAUGUGUGGUUGUGGGUGGCUAAAUCAGUUGUGAAUGUGUUAAUACUGCAAAAUUCCCAUGGCCCAUUGGAGGACCUAUCAAUGGAUUCCACUAUUAUAAACUAAAAUUGAUUGCAGAAUCGUGGGGUCAUUCAAAUACAACCAAUAAAAUACUGAUUUCUUCAAAAAAGCACCCAGGUGCUUGUUAAAAAUUUCUGCUCAAGUAGGGGGCACUUAUUGGGAGGGGGUCGCUCAAAUUAAGUUUUCCUUUCAAUGAAUUGUAACUUUAUUUUAGCUUAACCCAUUCCCCCCUGAACCGCCCGUAACCGCCCGUGCGGAUCCAGGUCCUUUCUACCCUUUGUGACGUCAUCAGUUUUAACGGUCAAGGACAACUUUCUUCGCUAAGUUGUACAGAGUGAAGAGAUCUUUCAAACCAUACCAGAAUGAGCACAAUUCAGUCAAGGACACCGGAGAAAGAAGCAAAAAACCACGUGACAAGGACCUGAAAAUCUCCAUGAAAAUCUUGUUCCAUUACCCACCUACCUUUCCUUUCACCUAAUCCUAAGAUCCUAAAAGCUUUCCUAAAAACUCUUCCCAUCAAAAUGAAGCCUACUAAAUGCCCAGCAAGAGAAAAAAAAAAUGAGACAAGAAAAGCGAAAAAAGAAGGGAGGAGAGAAAGCGAAAAGUAAAAGUCAAGACUGCUGUGUCACUUUUAAACCCAAAAACUAUGUCGAAAUUUUGCUUUCUACGCAUGCCCGAACUUCGCAAGCUGAUAUUUUGCAUCUGGAUCAGAAGGCCGCCAAGUGUACGACCUGUAAACUGGUUUGUGGUAAGUUUUAGCUCUUUAUAGCACGACAGUGAUCAGAAAACCAGUCGACUAGCUUCAAAACGCGUUUUUCGGCAAAAUCUCCAGGAGCGAAUGGGUUAAUGUUUAAUAGAAAAGCAAAUUACUGUAAAUCCUCUAUUAGCCCCCUCUCUAAUAUCCCCUCCCUUUUCAGGGGAAGAAACCCCCCUCUCUUUUAAGCCCCUUCUUCCGUCAACCUUACUAUUCUUCACUAAUAAAUAAUAGACUUUAUAAACCAGUCACUGAAAAACUUCAUUUGAACUGAUCUGUGAUGGUAUAAUUUGUUUUUGACCUCAGCUUCAUGCCCUUCAACUUCUUGUACUUAAGCUUUUCCAUUUCUACAGGAUUUUCGGUAAACAUUUAGUCAAUAUUAUUGCCUUUAAUCUGUUAAAACGCUGGUUUGUAAUUAAGUGUACCAUACAUGUGGGCUCAUUACACACAUUUACAUGUGUAAAUGGUUUGCAUGUUUAUUAUCUCAUUAUAAUCAUCAAAUAAUUAUUGAUUCUCAUAAAUUCUCAUAAAGUGGAUGAAGAAACAUGUUUUUCUUGUCUCCCUACAUUAAGAAAGUGAAGGCGGGGUGGAGGGGAAGGUGGGGCUUAUUUAAGAGUGGUGCUUGUUUGAUAUUAUGGCCUUCAAUGUGAGCGCCUUCUUUUGUGGGAGGCCACUUAUUAGAGAGUGAGCUACAGUAAUUGCCCAACAUGUGGCAAAGUGAAUAUCAAAGUCCUGUACAUGAUACAAGCCUGAAGCGACAAACCCUAAUUGAAUUAAAGUAACUCAAGGAAGGUAUUAAAAGCAAAAAUGGAAAAAGGAUUAUCACUUAAUUUUUCCUUGUCAAAAUCCUGUAGACUGUCACAUUUGCAAAGCCCACGAAUUAAAUGCUCUGCUACAGUACAUCUAUGUCCUAAUUUGCUGGGCGUGGGGGAAGGUUUAUUCAAUGGUGAAUGAACGUACCAUCACCAGUUCAAAAGCAAUAACUAAAUGUAACUGGGAGAACUGUUCUUUGUCUUGACACAUUGCCCUUGAUUUUAUUAUGAAGGUUACUGCUACCAAUCAGUUCAAAUCUCAUGAUGUGUGGGUUUCAGAAGUCAAGGAUCCAUGUACCAAGCUUUGGUAAGUUAUUUUGAAUUAUUUCAUUCUUUGCCACAAUAAUUAUUACAAUAAUAUUUUAAAUAUCUUAUUAAUGCAGAACAAUGUAUGGUCUUAUAAUAUCAAAAUUCCCUGGAGUGGUGAGGGUGGGGAUAACACUGAAGGGAAGUUUGGGUGGGAGUGAUACUGCCAAGGUUUCAGAUCUUCAUCCUGUUUAAGAUAAGAAACCUUAUUUCAUGACUCUGAUUCAUUUCAUAAAAACUGACAUAAUUAUGGGAAAAAAACAUAUGGUACAUGUACCACACAUAUAGGCCUCGCAUGGAAAGUACCCUAGAUACAGUGUAUGGUUGGUGUUUAUCUGCAGUGUCCUGGGUUGGAAAGAGAUUUUAAAAUUUUAUAAAAAAUUCUGAAAAAUACACUGUUAAAAGGAAUCAUAUUGUUUAUUUACAUAAGUAAUGCUGUUAAAUAAAGUUACACCAAAGUGCCACUUAUCAAUUUACAUUUGUACAUUUUUAUCUAAAUGUAAAACAAUGCACAUAUACAUGUACCUCGUGGCUUUUAAGGUAGAAGGUUUUGAUAUUAUUGUUGUAGCUUCUUUCAAUAUCCCCAUAUAACUCCCUACCCCCCAUAAAAACAUUACCCCCCAAAAUAUUAUAACUAAGAAAGACAAUAGUAUUUGUUUUUGUUUAAGGGCAAAAUUUGUUCUGGUUUUACUUAGAAUUUCCUUAGUUCUUAGCUCUAAUAUCAAUCAAAGGAGACUGUUCUGCUUUAAUUUGAGAACAAAUUUUACCUACACCCUUUUCAGAUUUGGCUUAAUUUGACUGUAUUUGGACUCACUUAAAUGAAGGAUGUUGAAUGCAACAUAAUGCAUGUGUAUUACCCAAAGUGAUUCAUAGAGAGAAAGACCAGACUGGACCAUUCCAAAUAUUAAAUUCCAACCAGGGCAGUCCUCUAGCAGAGCCUGGUGGCCCCUGCUGCCUAACGUUUGCUCUUGGGUGACUAGAAAAUCUCAUAUUUUUCAUAGAAAUAACAUGCUGGGUGCCCUGUGUUUUACAGGUUCAGAGCACUGGACUCGCCUCAAUUUUCUUAGGAGCACAGCCUUGUCCCACAAAAAUAUCAAGUGUUAAAUUUUAAAUUGUACUAGAUAACAUUGCACCAAUAUUUACAGUUUGAUUUUCUUUUCUUUUUUUUUUGUUUUUAUUGUAGUGUUCAUGUCUGCAGUUUUAAAGGAUUUUUAGAAUUCCUGUGAUGUCCAGGCUGAUGGAGGUAAGUCGAAAAAUUGAUCAUCUGUUAUUGGUUAGUAGUGUUUGUCUAGUGAAGAUCUAUUUUUCUUUGUAUCUUCAAUCUCAAGUUGUAAGAUUUGAGGUUUGAGACGUUUUUCUAAAAUGUUGGUGGAGGGAUGGUGAUCACAUCAGACACCGUGUCAGGGGGUUCUGAUUUGAGUCCUCACUGUUCCAUCACUUGAUUUCCUUUGACAAGAAAAAUAUCUUUUUAGAUAGCCCCCGCCCCAACACACACAUGCACGCACACACAUGCACAGGUCUUUAAUUUUGUGUUAAAAUGGCGACAUACUGGUGGGCAAUGCUGUUAUGGACUAGCAUUCCAUCCAGGGAGGAGUGGUAGGGUGGUGGGUGGAGUUGUAAUAUUCACUCCGUAGUGCUCCAUGGUGCUUCCAACCAAGAUAAGCUCUCACUGUGCAGGCCCUCUUGCUUGUUUUAAGUGCUUCUUCCAUCCAUGGGGGGAGGGGGUGGAGUUGUAACAUUCACUCCUUGGUUCUUCAUGGUGCUUCCAACCAAGAUAAGCUCUUACUGUGUAGGCCCUCUUGCUUGUUUUAAGUGCUUCUUCCAUCCAUGGGGGGACGGGGGUAGAGUUGCCAUAUUCACUCCUUGGUGCUUCAUGCUUUCCGUAUCAAGAUACUGUAAGCUCUUGCUAUGCGGACCCUCUGGCUUGUUUUAAGCACAGUGUACCUCUUUUGGAAUGUUGAGUUAGUGAACCACUAAGCUUGCUGAUCCUUCCAGUCUCAAGAAAUUAAAUGGAUAAUUAAUAUGUCAAUGAUCCUCACCUCUCAGUGUGGUACUCAGUCUAAGCAGUUGCUAAAAAGUAAGUAAAGUUUCUCAUCUCAGCCAAAUUUACCCAAAAAACAAUGCUUGAGUCUCCUAACUUACAGUUUUUAUGAACUUAGUAAUGCGUCUUUUAAGGAAACCAAUUAGUAAAUUAAUGCUACUCUUCUUUUAGGAUUUGACGUCCUUUCCUAGCACAGCCUCUACAUCACAGGAAGACCAUGAAAGCAUUUCAGGAUCCACGUCCUCCAGCAAAUUGAGGGUAACUCUGUUAAGCAGUGAAUGGAGAUCAACAAAAGGAGGCUUGUCAACCAUCAACCGAGAACUGGCCAUUCAGUUGGCUAAACACCCCAGCGUGGAGGUCAGUGUUUAUCUCCCUCAGUGCAGCGAAGAGGAUAAACAAGUUGCCAAAGAUCACAAUGUUCGCCUCAUUAAAGCAAGAGAAAUGCCAGGUUUAGAACCAAAUUUCUGGUUGUCUUGCCUGCCAGAAGACCAUGUUGUAGACUGUGUGAUAGGGCAUGGGGCUGUUCUUGGUCGGCAAGUGCAGAUCAUCAAGCGAACUCAUCCUUACUGCAAGUGGAUUCAGGUCGUUCACACCACUCCUGAAGAACUUGGAAUGUACAAAGGAUAUGAAGAACGCAUUUCCAAAGGUGAGAAGAAGCACCAAGUGGAGAUUGAACUCUGUAAAUUGGCUGAUCAAGUUGUGGCAGUUGGACCUAAGCUGGCUGAAGCUUUCUCAGGUUAUCUCCGUCCGUUUGGAAAGGAUCAAGAUGUUCUCAAUCUUACCCCGGGCAUCUUCUCAGAAUUUUCUGAUGUAAAGCAAGCCACUGAAGAAAGAAAAACAUUUAGUGUUUUAAUGUUCGGACGUGGUGACAAUGAAGAUUUUCAGCUAAAAGGAUAUGACAUUGCUGCCCAAGCCAUUGCUGAGUUGAAAGACGUGACCUACAAACUUGUAUUUGUUGGAGCAACAAGCGGAGAAGAAGAGAAAGUAGCAGACUUGUUACUCCAGCAAGGCAUUGACUGCAGUCAACUAAUUGUGCGUUGUUUUAAUGAAAACAGAGAGCAGCUAGCUCGGUUGUUUUGUGAAGUAGAUCUUGUUAUAAUGCCAUCACGAACUGAGGGAUUUGGUCUUGCCGCCCUUGAGGCUUUGUCUGCUGGUCUUCCUGUGCUGGUCAGUGGGAACUCUGGUCUUGGCGAGGCUUUAAGGGAAGUUCUGAUUGGUUCAAAUUGUGUGGUGGAAUCAGAAGAUCCUAAAGAUUGGGCCAAUGCAAUCAAAGCUGUUCGGAAGAAAAACAGGAAGCUGCGACUGAGAGAAGCCAAGCUUCUUCAAGGAGAGUAUGCCGAGAUGUACAGCUGGCAGGAUCACUGUAACAAACUUGUGGAACGAAUGCUUGCCAUUUCUCAAGGUAACGGAUUCGCGUUGUUAAUAUUUGAAUUGGCCUUUAUAAUGUGCACUGCUGGCAUAAGGAAAUGUUCACGCAAUUACAGCGACAACAGUAGUGGGCAUGAGAACCUGACCUCAACAAAUUUUCCAUCUCUUUUAAUAACUCCACCAGAGAAGUCCGCCUACAUUUGACAAAUUGAGAGAGUUGUUAAAUAUUGUGAUAUCUUUUAACUAACUCGCAUUUACUUUUUCGUGACAUCUUGUUCCCAACCCUGGAGUUCAGAAGUAAAAUUAAUAUUGUAUUGCUACUCUUUUUGCAGGUCCCAGUGCGGAUGAACAGAAUUUAUCUAAGAAAGCGGCUGUGAUCUGUCAUGAUGAAAACCCCUCUCCUUCUGAAAAACGUCUUCUUAAAGGUACACUUGAAUAUUAGAAACAUGUGCCGGCCCGGGUCUAGUUGCGCGAAAGCGAGGCUAGUUAGGCCUCGAGAGUUUUGUUUUGACUGCGCGUCUUAGCGAUUGAGUUGAUCGAUAUGGUUUGAUCGAGUUGUUGCAUGCCUGAGGGCCACCAAAAAGAAGAUUUUACUCUAGCUGGAAUAGCCUUUACUUUCCCGAGAUCUUUUCACAAAGAAACUUAAGGAUUCAUGCGAUUCGGCGCGGCGAUGGGAAGCACUUUACAGCGAAACUGUGCUCGCUCACUUGCUUUAGAUGAGAAGACGCACGAAAGUAUUUGAAUGAAAUAAUUUUCACAAGAGAUGGUGCUGUUCCAAGAUGUUUGCAUGGUCUGUUAUUUAUCCAACAAAAGGUAAACAUUUUCGAGAACGGGAGCAUCCGCGGUGGACCGUAAGAUCUCUUAGAUUUCCCGCUGAAAACAGCUGCAUUAAAAUAUAACAACAACAAUAACAAUCGCCUGUUAAUCCUACAAGAGUGGCCUGUGAAACUAUGUAAGAACCAGAAGAAAGCGACAUAUUUCAAGAACAGUCCUUGACCAAAUGCACUGAAAAAACUAACGGAGGAACCGUUGCCAACUAAGAAAGUAAGAAGAAGAAAAAAGGUUCUGGAAGAAAAAGAGCGUGCAAGUAUUCGAGCAUAGUAUUUGACCUUGCGCGUGAUCUAUUUUAUCAACUUGUCGAAUGGUUUCGAGAUAAACUAACAGCGAUUUUCCAAAAAUUGCUUCUUUUAUGGCACUGCUCAAACUCUUGAACACAGGAUCGUGAAGACUGUGAAAAAACAUUCGCCCUUGUUAUUUGUCGUUGUGUCCCUGAGAGCGCCUAAAGAUUGGUAAGUCGCGACGGCGGAUUCACUCGUCCUCGAGGAUAUGUACCUUUCCAUGUUAAGAGAACGGACAAAGCAAACUUGAAACAGAACCAUGAAUCUUUCAGUUAUUCACCCAUUCUAAUAGUUUCGUGAGUCUUCUCUUCUGAAGUGAAGCGAGCACACUUUCGUUCUUUUAAAAAAUUACUCCGUGAUAGUAGAGUGCCUCCAUUCGCCGCGCCGAAUCCCUUGAAUCCAUUUCUUUCUUCGUAAAGAACUUUGGCAAAGCGAAGAUAAUCAACUUUCGUCUCUGCUGGAGUUAAAUCUCCUAUUUGAUGGCUCUUAAGCACGUACCAACUCGAAGGAAACCAUAUUCAUCGACUGAAUCGCUAAGACGCACAGUCAAAACAAAACUAUCGAGGCCUCACUAGCCUCGCUUUCGCGCAACUAGACCCGGGCCGACCGAGAGAUCCGCCAUAUUUGCAUUCGGUGUAUAAUAUGUCCACCAGAGCAAUUCUUUGUUUUCUAAGUAGGAAGGUCUGGGAGAUGUACUUUAAAUUGAGCUUAAUGAUUAUUCCUUGCGGGGAUGAUAAAUAACCAAGAAAUGGUUGAAGCAUUGAGCAAGACUCGUUUAAAACUGAGUUAUAAGGUCAAAACCUUUUCACACUGGUCACAGGUUAAUAAGGCGAGAUACCGACAAAUAAUACUCGUUUCAGGUUUACUUUUCUCGUUCUAAAUAGCGAAAUAGACUAGAGCAAAAGGAAAUUGUGUUUUAACAUAUACACGGUAGGCUUGGUCUUUUUGUAUGGGUUUUUCUAAGUGAAAUUUUCACCUUGGGACUCAGAGAUGCUGGCCAUUGCCGCGGUGUAUAGAUUAUAAACUAACAAUUGAUCGGCCCAGAGUGAGGUAAUCAGGAUUCCAGAAUCCAGGAAACUUUUGCUAGUGAAAUCUGGAAUCCAGGAAACUUUUCCUUUUGGAAUCCGGACCCUGGGCUUUGGAAUCCGGAAUCCAACUCAAGGAAUCUGGAAUCUCGCUAAUGAUUGUAAUACGAAAUCCAAGUUACGGUGAGAAGGAAUCCGGAGUCCAGUACCUGAAAUCCAGAAUCUAAGACUGUUUUGACGGCGCAAUUGACCUGCUCUGUGUUUUUCUUUGAUUACCCUAUAUUCUCUGUUAAGCCCCUCUCAAAUAAGGCCCCUGUCUCUAGUAACCCCCCCCCAGCUCCCUUUUCAGGGGAAGAAAGUUAAUAAGCUGCCCUCCCCUAAUUACUCUUCACAAAUAAAUGAUAGACUUUAUUAAUCAAUCACGACUGUAAAAUUUCGUGUGGACUGAUAGCCUCGGUAGUCUUUUAAGUCUACGAGAAACCGCUUUUUUAAAAACGUCUUCAGGGAGGUACAUGUGAAUUCCCUAUUUGAAAAAAAGCAUACAAACACAAGUUUUGUAGGGAAUUAGCUGGGGUGUGUAUGAACAAAAAUAAUUGAUCGCUAGUCUGGUUUAAUUUCAGGCUCAAAAAAAGGGAAAAGGCCUUUGUCUCCAAGUAGCAAUCCAGCAUUAAAAGUCCCAAAAUGUUUGGGAGGUGAAGGUAAAGUUUGUUUAUGCAUGAUAAAGUUUAUAACCAUUUUAGUACUGAAAGCAAGAUCUGCAUGGACUAACUUGUGUUCGUAAAAUUUUUGGUGCUCCCUGCCACGCCCCUUCCCCCUCCUGCUUUAGAGAUGGAUACUCAAGAUGCUGGGGUCACUCUCUUCCGUUCAGUAGCAAAACUUAAACUUCUCAGGUUUGACGCACGCUCUCUCUAUUUCGAGGGUGCUUCAUAUUUCGCAGAGUUGAACCUGGUACAUUUUUUCAAACUGUGGUCAAGUCCUGUUCUUGUCAAUUCCCUGGGACAUAGUUUAUGGGAAAGCGUUUAGUGCUUAAUGAUUUUUUUUGUGCGAAGGUAGUGUGGCAAAAGACAAUGAUGCUUUUCUGGUUUGAUUGUUUGUGUUUCAGCUGAUUUUAUCUGGUCUCAAAAAAGAUUUUUUCGGCCCUUUGGGCUUCACUUUGGUCUAAAAUAAGGAGACGCCCGGCCCCCCGGGCCUCUGCCCUGGAAUUCAGAAGCCGAAGGAUAUUAACUCUUUCACCCCGAAACCGAGUUAUGGCGAGAUGAUUUGUCAUUCUAAGUUUUGCAUAUGUGAACGAAUGAAUCCUCUUAUUGUUAUUUAUUUCAUGGGAUUUCUCUAAAAGGAAAUCUGGAAUCUUUGUGAGUUUUCCCUUUUCCACUCUUAGGAGUGAAAAGCGGUUACCGUAUUUACUCGAAGAAUGCGGUUCUAAGCCAGCAAUGGGAAUUUAUUUUCAUCAAUAGUGAAGUUUUUCAGUUCAAACCUGCAGAAAAGUAUUGACGAGGCUGUUAUGAAAGCCAAAACUUAGGUUAGCCUCAAGCUGGUAAGCCAUGAACAAAUACUCAUGAAGUAAAUUAAAUUGUACAAUCAAAAUGGUUUGUCUUUGUGGUAUGAGCCUUUUAAAUAAGCGCCGCCCUCGAAUAACCGCCGCCAGGAAGCUUCUGCCGCCGUAUUCGAGUAAAUACGGUAGCUCUGUCAAUUUUCUUUUAUGUAAAUUUAGGAGUGGCUGAAAAUUGAUUCCUCAAAAUAUAAUGUAGUUAGUUUCUACGUGGUGCUGCGUGCUGAAGUGAAAUACACAAAAAUUGGUUUUAUGAACUGGGUCGACACAGGUAAAUUGGCCAGGUUAAAAAGCAUACGUUUUUAGAGCUAACCCCUCGUUAAUUACUUUCUUUAUUCAAACAUUUCCUUUUAAGGCCUAUCUCUAUUAAAAAACAGUCGAACCUCCAUGUGCGACCUGUCCGACCUGUCCAAAACAACAAACGAUACCCAAUCGAAGCCUUGCAGUUAGAACCUCUAGUAAAAGACCACCUCCUGUAAGCGACCGCGACCACAUUUUGGGGGUGACGUUUUUAUAGUUUUUUACCAUUUUUUACCUCUCGUAACCCGUUUGAUGUAUGAUCUGAUCUCUAUGCUCACCUGUGUGUACUAUGCCACUGAGUGUAUAGGAAGAAGUUUUAAUGACAACAUAAAGCUACACAUAUCAUAACUAAGAAAUUAGUAAUGGUAACAGGACUGAGUGGAGUCCAAUUCGAUCUGUAAUCAUAGGAGUGAUUAAUACGCGGUCGUCCGAUUUGUUUAAUCACGAGUAUUAUUUCAGACCGAAUUGGACGACACGAAGUUCUGUUACCAAUUAAUUAUAACUUUAACAAAAUAUGUGAUAUAUUAGUCUCUUUUUUUAAUCAAAACAUGCCACGAGAAAUUCCGAGAUUCUUUUUGCUAGCAGUGAAAAAAAAGCCAUUUAAGCGCCCGCGUGAUGGCGCGUACUGUCCAAUUACUUAGGCAUGACGCAUACUGUCCUAUUUAACUGUCCUAUUAAGGCUGAAAUCAGGGCAGUUGAUAGCCAAUCAGGUUUAAGAAUUUUGUUAUAGUUAUGAUUACAUACAAAACAGUAUCUUCUAUAAGGUAGCUGAGUCCGGACCUUUUCUCGAAAGAGACCCCCUGUUGUUCUAUUCUUGUUAGUGACCAAGUCCCGUAAGUGUCCUUUAACUCUCUAACAUUUUGGGUCAGUAGUAGCUUAUUGGAGGUUUCCCUGUGUUUGUUUUAUGUACAACUAAACAUCCAGGAAGAGAAAACAAAAACACUGACGUUGGCGAAGACUUCAAAGUAGCGUAUUAUUUUAACUCCCUGUAAGUACUCAAUGUAAAGAGAGUUUACAGUUAUUUUAUGGAACAAAGGGAGGGCAACAUUUUACAAAUACCCCGUUCGUGGUGUCAACUCCUCUUGUUUGUGAUUACUGACAGAUAUUUCCGAUCUCCUUGUUUCCAACAGGUAGGGACAGCUUGAUUGUUGUGAAAUUGCUAAAAAAGGAAUACAACAGGCGUUCGCAUUUAAGACCACUUCUUUGGGAAAGCACCAUCCAGUUGCCCAUAGAACAAGUCUACACAAGACUGAAAAUCGUUUCAAGAGGAAACUUGGCCAUCCAUAGGGAAGGGGACGAGGUGAAUGUGUUCGACAUUUUCAAAGCCCCUGGCAUUGGUGAGGAUGUUAUGACGAUAGUAGAGGGCAGUCCUGGAAUCGGUAAAACUACGUUUUGCCUCAAACUUGCUUAUGACUGGGCUCAUGGAAAUAUUCCAUCUGAGUGCUCCUUUCCUAAAUUUGAAUUCGUGUUUCUCCUCAAAUGUCGUGACAUUGAUGGAGAUAUAAUGGAAUCUAUCAGUGAACAACUUUUGCCCAGAGAUAUGGAGAAGUCUGUGGAGAAGUUGUUGCAGUUGAUGAAGGACAUUCGUAACCAGGAGAGACUGAUGUUAAUCAUUUUGGAUGGAUUGGAUGAGCUACCUGAAAAAUCACGGCACCAUGUAGAUGAGCUGCUUGAAAGAAGAAUUUUAGGAUUUUGCUAUGUCUUGGCUACGACACGACAAGAAAGAGGAAUCGAAGUACGGAAAAGCUUUGUCUUUGACAUUCACUUAGAAAUCAAAGGGUACACGGAAAGUGAUUCUAUUGAGUACGUCAGAAGACACUUUGAAACCAUUGGUCAGUCACCAAAGGGGAAGAGGCUUAUUGAGGAAAUGGAACAGAACACCUUUUUACAUGCACUUCGAAGUAACCCGUUAAAUUUACUUCUCCUUUGUGUUGUUUAUGAGGACUAUGAGGGAAAAUUGCCAACUUCCCAGACGGAACUUUACCAAGUUAUUGUCCAAUGUCUUUUGAGACGAUACUGUGCAAAACACAGUCUGGCGGUGCCGAAAGAUAGGAACACUUUACAGAAACGUUUUGAAGAAGAUGUUCUUGCCCUCGGACAGCUGGCUUGGACGUGCCUGCUGAAUGAUCGUCAAUCUUUUCCCGAAGGAGAACUGGUAGAAUGUGAAGUAAAAAAUCAAAACUUGGUAGCUCGCAAAAUAGGCCUUCUUUACAUGGAAGAAAGUCGGAAGAGGAUUAACCCACAACACGAGUACUGGUUUCUUCACAAGACCUUCCAAGAAUAUUUGGCUGCUGCUUUUAUAACGCACAAGCUACUAAGAGGAGAGUUUAAUGUGUUUGAGUACACGACCUUUCAUGAUUUAGUCAGAAAAUACCCACAAGUUUUUCUUUUUGUUUCUGGUAUGCUGGGUGAGAAAGGAACCGUGUUAUUCACUCAGAUUGGUGAGACGUUAAAGGAGAAUAGAUGGGACUGGAACUGCGACUGUUGGGAGCAGGAGGCAACUUUCUUUGUGAAAAGCUUUAGUGAAAGUGGACACGCUGAACAAAUGGCAACUAGUCUUUGUGGUGUUGUGCCUUUUCCAAAAGAAGUGUUUUUUACUGCAAAAGACUAUACUGGUUUUUCGGAUUUUGCUGAGGUUUUAAUAGCGUGCAAAAGCUUUUCAAACUUACCGACUCCUGUUAAACUUGAAGCUUGUUUAGACAUGAAUGACAGGAGAAGUGAUGUUGUGAUACGUUGUAUAGAAUCCCUCUCGAAGCUUACAUCCGUUAGCCUUGAAUAUUCCCAACCCUUGCUGAAAUCGAGGGAAGCAGAUCGUCUUCGUAAAUGGUUAUCUGUAAGCAAGAGUUUGUUAGAGUUUACUUUCAAAUCGCCAUACGGUAAGGUAAACCGUGACGUGCUUGUUCUACUAUGCCAUGGGUUGGCCUCAUGCAAAUCGCUUAGAAAAAUUAAGUUUUCAGUGUGUGGAGAUAUUAGCGAGGCUUAUAUCAGUGCUAUUGAAAGUGGAUUGUCUCCUGACACUCCGCUGACGUCUGCGGUUAUUCUCGAGAUUUACGGCUCAAUGAAUUUUUCUGCGAUCCAAGCCUUACACAAACUAUUAACGAACAAAUCUUUGAUAUCUCUUUCACUUCAAAUUUGUGGAGGUGUGACGGAUGUAUUAGCUGGUGCUGUCAGUGAAGCACUCGCAAGGCAGACAGUUUUAAAGUCUAUUGAUUUGUGCCUUGGUGGAAAGCUGAGUUCAGCUGUUGCCAGUUCACUGAAACAAGGACUGUUAAAAAACAGUUCUUUAAAUCAUAUCAAAGUGGUUGUCUAUGGUGAGCUUCCUGAUAACUGGCAGUCUGUUGUGGAAACCCUGUAUUCGACAAAGAAGUACCCAGUUAGCUGUGCCUUUCAUCCAAACACCUUGGACAACAUAGGGCAUAAUGAUGUUGGUCUUGUUUUAGCUGAAAAUGCAUUGGUUCCAAAGCAGCGCCUGACUGUAAACGUUUGGGGAAAACUGAGUUGUGAAGGGGCAGAUGCUCUAUGUGAAGUCUGGAAGUCUUCCGCCCUUGCUUUUAAGUUUCUGACUUUAAACGUGCAUGGAAACGUAACUGAAGACGUGGCUAAUUCUGUUGCAAGAUGCCUGAAACAUUGCAAGAUACUAUUUCAGUUUUCCAUCAACAUCUGGGGCAGUUUGACACCAGAGGGAGAAACAAUUCUUUCCGAACUUUCAGAGAGCAACCCUUGCGUUCAUUGGGAUGUACACCGCGUACAUUUAGCUUUAGAAGAAUCGAACCAGGUGCUUGAUAUCUCGAUCGAAAAUCCUGCGACAUCGAGAGCAUUUUUUGCUAAAGUCAAAGAAACAAGAAAGGAAAAGGUCAGUCUUACAAUUAACAACAACAGUGGUGAAAUUAGGGAAUGGACAUAUCAUCUGGCUGAUGCUUUGGCAGAAAACACAUCGCUUACUUCUAUUAAUCUUACAGUAAACGGCUGCUUGACGGAUGGCCUUGGGGAAUGUUUAUUGCAAAGUACUUCAAUAAAAUCUCUUAGUCUCACAAUCAACUCUGGUAUUAUACGUGGAUUGCUAUGUAAACUGGGUGCCUGCUUAGCCAAAAUGGCUUUUCUAACUACACUCAGCCUGCAAAUAAACGACUACAGUGACGAAAAAGAUUCUUUUAUUUGGAAUGAACUUACAAACGUGUUGGUGUCAAUCAAAUCAUUAUCUAACCUUUCUGUUGCAGUCCAUGGUAGUACGAGCAUGAAUCCAUUCUGGAAUGGAGUUUUGGAUGACUGUUUGCUAGAGUGUGCGUCAUUAAGUAAUCUUAGCUGCGCGGGUUACAUACCUUGCUUUGGCGACGGUUUAGCUCUAACAACCUCAUUAAAGACACUCAGUAUCACAUUCAACGUCGAUUUUAAUAUGUGGGGUUCUUACGAAGAUAAUCUUACAGACUUCAUUAAAGGUUUGUUGUCAAACGGGUCAUUAACUACACUUACAGUAACUGUGUCGCUGACCUUAAUGGAUGUACUGGAAGUUGAUUCUCCGGAUAACAAUCACAUGACUUUAAAUGAAGGAUUGUCGAAAAACAGGUCUAUAACUACAUUUAAUCUCACAAUAAAUGAAUUCGGUGAAGGCAUAUCAGAUAUAGACGAGAUUUUCACUGCACUUCAAGUCUUUGAGGGUUUGGCGCAAAACACAUCAAUAACCACAUUCAACCUUACACUUAACAGUAGCAGGGAAGUGAGUGAUGACUGGUUACCAGACCUUUGCGACGCUGUGAACAAAAAUUCUUCGUUGACAACACUGAGAUUGAAAGUGAACUACCAUUGUGCUACUGGUGAAAGUCAGUUAUAUGACUUUAGUGAACUUUUGUCACAAAGAAGAUCAUUAUCCAUUCUUGAACUCGAGGUUAGUUUUUAUGGAAAAGAGAACGAGGCUCAAAGGUUUUAUUCAGAAGCCGCAUGUAAUUAAGAUUCGUGGACUUCAAGCAGGAAAAAAAAUCCAUGUAUUAAAUGAAAUGUGUUCACAAUGGAAAUGUGGCUUAAAUAAGGAGAUAUGAGAACUUGUACGAAACUGAGACGCUCUGUAACGUCGGGUUUUCUUUAAGCGAAUCGUGAAGAGAGAUUCAGUUCUAUUUCCAAGGCCUGCUUUUUCUUGCGUGUUGAACGCCUUCUGCUUUUGUUUCUUUUCGCAAAGCCAGGCAAAUUGCUGCCUUAAACUGCGGUCACGCAUGAUCAUAUCAUGCUCAAAUUAAAUCAUUCCUUUCCAAGCCACAUCACACACGUUUUCUUUGAUAAUCAUUAAGCAGCUUAAGCAAGGACGUUUUUGGGCGACGUCAACCGGAAGUGACCGUUUUGCAUAAGUGGGUAGCAAUUUUUCCCAACUUUUCUGGCAGUUCGUCUCAGUAGAGAGUAAAGAUACUUAGCAAGACAAAUUUGAUAGCGUCAAGGAAUACCGUAAAAUUCCGAAAAUAAGCCCCGGGGCUUAUAUUUUUCAAGGGCCCUUUUUGAGGGGCCUUAUUUUUGCAGGGGCUUAUCUACGGAGGGAAAUUUGCGUUUCAAAAUCGAUUGGACUAGCCUUAUAGUUGGAAGUAAACUUACCGCUUUUACUUUGUUUUACUUUGUAUUUGAGGGCAAUUUUCCAAGUACAAGCCCCCGGGGGCUUAUAUUUGAAGGGGCGAUUUAACGGAAGGUUUUUUGCUUUACCGGUUUGGGGGCUUAUUUUCGGAAUUUUACGGUAUUAAAAGGGGAUAGGCCUCACUUCCGGUUGACGUACGUCCGGUGUCCAGAAACGUCUCUUCCUUAAAGUUUCCCCCUGCUGAAGCCCGGCCUGAAGUCCGUUAUAUUCAUACUAUUCUGUAUAGGGUAAGUACUUGGUCAACACAAUGGAUAAAAAAUUUUUUUAAAAAACGCUUUUUAUAGUUCAUAUUUACCGACUUCACUCCAACCUACAUAACCUACUGGAUUCGAUUUGUAGAAGAACCCGAAUGGGAUCAGCAGACAGUAUUUUUCUUAAGCAUAAUAACUUCUACUGUGUCUGAACCUUAAACAAAUCCUGAGUAUCUUUCUGGCUCACUACCAGCACGACUGUUGGUCUAUACAACAUAGUUUGAACGUAACUUUAUAUUUGCUUGGGUGCUUGCCAUUUACACAAACCACCCGGGUGGAAAUCUUGUGCGAAACAUAAAACUAUAAAAUUCGCUUGGUGGGAGAACGACCCGCUACAAUUUUUAUCCAAAUCAGCUGAACAGAGGUAAAAGAGUAGAGAAAUUGCAUCUCGUCAAAUUCCAGCCCAUGGCGCGAGCCAUUUGAUUUUUCAGGGGGAGUUUCCGGAUUUCCUAUGUAAAUGGUAAGUACCCUUUGUUUUGAAAGAAUCAAAGGCAAGGUACACGGUAGCGCGGUAGAAUUACGGCCAAGUCGCCCGAAAGUCAUCUCGCCCGGAGUCAUAUCGCCCGAAACCAGAGUCACGUCGCCCGAAAUUUUUAUCAUGUCGCCCGCUAUCUUGAGUCAUGUCGCCCGAAAUUCCAUAAUGGUCAAAAAGAUCCCAAAGUCUAAACUAAAAGGGAAUUCGCGCGGUAUCCUCUUAAUUUGUGUCUUCAUUUUGAAAUUUUACCAUUGUUUUUAGUCUUUCAUGCUCGAUUCAGGCUGAAGUUCCAUUUCACAGUUCUUGUAAAGUCUUUUUUGUAAUUUCAUUGGGUAUCUUAAACGCUAAAGUUAAUACAACAUGAGUUACCAGCAAUUUUAGAGUUUGAUAAAUAUCGUAACUGAUGAUUGACUUGCGCGCCAUCUGGUCCAGUGUGACCAAGGUUAAUAAAACCUGAGUUACUAGUAGUUUUUGAGUGUGAUAAAUAUCGUAACUGAUGAUUGAGACUUGUGCACCAUCUGGUCCAGUGUGACCAAGGUUAAUACAACAUGAGUUACUAGUAGUUUUAGAGUUUGAUAAAUAUUGUAACUGAUGAUAGUGACUUGUACACCAUCUGGUCCAGUGUGACCAAGGUUAAUACAACAUGAGUUACUAGUAGUUUUAGAGUUUGAUAAAUAUUGUAACUGAUGAUUGAGACAUGUACACCAUCUGGUUCAGUGAGGCCAAGGUGAAUACAUCAUGAAUUACUAGUAGUUUUGGAGUUUGAUAAAUAUUGUUUAACUGAUGGUUGUGACUUGUACGCCAUCUGGUCCAGUGAGACCAUGAGUUACUAGUAGUUUUAGAGUUUGAUAAAUAUUGUAACUGAUUGUUGUGACUUGUACGUCAUUUGGUCCCGUGUGACCAAGGUUAAUACAACAUUAAUGGCUAGUUGUUUGAUUUUAGAGUUUGAUGAAAUUAAUGUCGUAAUUGAAAAUUAUUAGGGAACUUAAAGCAA